AUGUGUUUCUUCAGCCUCUGUGAUGAGCAGAAUUUGAGAAUCACCAGAACAGAAGCCUGCUAUGCCCUGCUGAUGGCUCUGUGGGUUGGAGGCUUUGCUCAUUCCAUUGCACAAGUGGCCCUUAUUGUCCGCUUGCCCUUCUGUGGCCCCAACCAGCUGGAUAACUUCUUCUGUGAUGUGCCACAGGUCAUCAAGCUGGCCUGCACAGACACCUUCGUGGUGGAGCUCCUGAUGGUCUUCAACAGUGGCCUGUUCACCCUCCUGUGCUUCCUGGGGCUUCUGGCCUCCUAUGCAGUCAUCCUCUGCCGUGUCCGUGGGUCCUCUUCUGAGGGGAAGAGCAAGGCCCUCUCCACAUGCACCACUCACAUUAUCAUUGUGUUUCUCAUGUUUGGACCUGCCAUCUUCAUCUACACUCGUCCCUUCAGAGCCUUCCCAGCUGACAAGGUGGUUUCUCUUUUUCACACAGUGAUCUUUCCAUUGAUGAACCCUGUGAUUUAUACACUUCGCAACCAGGAAGUAAAAGCUUCCAUGAGGAGGUUAUUGAGUCGGCACAUGGUUUGCUGA